UACUGCAAAGGCAACACAGCAAUCAAAUUUGUAUUUUGUGUUCUCUGUGCACUUAUGCCAAAUUUCUAUAUUCUGCACUCUAACCAAGUUUUAAUAUUAAAAUUAUAUAGUAAGUGAUAGAAAAGUUAAUCAUGGAUGACGAUAUGAUUUUUGAUCCCUCUUUGAAAAAGAAAAAGAAGAAGAAGACUGGUUUUGAUAUAGAGGCUGCGCUCGCUGGAGAGCAAAAUGAAACCACGAGUACCGAAGCACCUGCGGAGUCCGGUGACGUCGACGUGCCCGAAGAUGAGAACCUUGACUUAGAUAAUUUUGGUAUAAAGAAAAAGCGGAGAAAGAAGACAUUUUUUAAUUUAGAUGAGUUAGAAAGUGCUUUACCGGAGGUUAAGGACGAAAAACUUCCAAUCGAAGAAAAUGAGCCCCAAGAUGAAAAAGUUAUCGAUGACUUGGACUUAGACAUUGACUUUUCUAAGACUAAGAAAAAGAAAAAAAAGAAGAAUAUUGAUGAACUUGUGAUUGAAGAUGAUACAAGGGGAGAAGAUCAAGAGAGGGAGGAGGAUGUGCAUGGUGAUUGGAUAGGUAGCGAUCGUGAUUAUACGUAUGAUGAACUACUUGAGCGCGUAUUUGAUAUAAUGAGAGAAAAGAACCCGAGCAUGGUGUCCGGUAAGAAACAGAAAUUUGUUAUGAGACCUCCUCAAGUUGUAAGGAUUGGUACAAAGAAAACUUCAUUUGCGAAUUUUACAGAAAUCUGUAAAACUCUUCACCGUCAGCCUAAACAUUUACUAGACUUUUUACUUGCCGAAUUGGGAACAAGUGGCUCCGUAGACGGUAACAGUCAGCUUAUUAUCAAGGGUCGUUUCCAACAGAAACAAAUAGAGAAUGUUUUGCGUCGAUACAUUAAAGAAUAUGUAACAUGUCACACAUGCCGUUCUCCAGACACAAUCUUACAAAAAGAUACCCGAUUAUUCUUCCUUCAGUGCGAAACGUGUGGGUCACGCUGCUCUGUGGCUAGCAUUAAGUCUGGUUUCCAGGCCGUCACUGGAAAGAGAGCAGCCAUACGUGCAAAGACUGCAUAGUUUGUUAGUGCUUAGUGAUAAUCAAUUUUAUGAUUGAAGAUCCAGGGUACAGACAGGAGUUUUCCCUUUCAUAUAGCUUUUAUAUAUUGUAAAUUUCAAUUGUUUAUUUCAGCUGUAAAUCUGGUGCUGAUAUGAAUGUUAUAUUUGCCAGGAAACUGGCAUGUAGUAAUGUAGUCUGUUGUUUUAAAAUCAAAAUAUCAUCUGUAUUGAAUUUGUAAUUUACUCUGUCUAUAUACAUAUUUGUUUCUAUUAAGUAGUGAGAGUUGAAGUUUUUUUAAUUAUCAGGAAUUACUUUUCACCCUAUUUUUGUUUAAACAAAUAAAUUGAAAUUCUGGAUGUACCCUAUAAUAAAUUAUAUUUAUGUAUAGCUCACUCCUGUAUUAUUCUCAUUGGUACACAAUGUUUUUAAAAA